UCCUCUGGAUCUCAGCUCGCUCCCCAGGCUCAGCUCCUCUGUCUGGACAACAUGGAGCCUGGAGCUGGCCGAGUGCCGCUCCAGGUCCUGGGAGAGAAUGAGGCGCUGCAGCAGUUCUUCAAUGGUCAGGAUGUGCAUGGUGUGUUGGACAGUUCUGUAGCUGUGGAUACGAGCAUCCUGGAGCAUUACCUCAGCAAUGAAAUGGACCCCAACAGCUUCAUGCUUCCUGAGUCUCCUCCUGACUCCAGUUCGGAGGCCUGUUCUCCUGAACAGAUACCAGACUUCCACUAUGAGCCUCCGUAUUGGUCCAACCAGCAGACGAGCCAACAAGUGUUCCAGUCGACGCCCCGGUCCGCUGCCUCCUCGUCUUGUCGCUUUAAGGAUCAGGGCUCCACCGCCGUCCACCCUGAGCUGCUGACUCAUGAACAGCUCCACAAUCUGGGGCUCACUAACACUUACAUCAAGCCUGGGACCUCACCUGCCCCACCUCCUCCACCUGGCCCACCUCCUCCACCCCUGCACCAGCACAAUCACCACUCACCUGAACAUUACCUGACUCCAGAGAGCUGCUUGCAGGUUUACACCCCACCCACGCCUCCUUCACCACCCAUGCCUCCAUCUAACAGCUACACCAUGCCAUGUGCUGGGUCAGGCCUGGCUCCAGGUUUAGCUCCACCCUCUUCCACCUGUCUGCUGGGCUCCACCUCCACUCUACACAACUGCCCCUCAGAAAGUAAAAAGAGAAGAAGAUCUGAGUCUGAGGAGCCGUCAGUAGGAAUCAACAUGUCCUGCAGUGAAGGUGACGGGACUCGUGGAGGCGGCGGUCUGAGUCUGGGAUCCGCCCCGCUGCUGACCUGGGAACAUUACAGGCCAGAAGAGUGGAGCACUCCAUACGACGGCAGCUACCAAACACUAUCUCUUCCUGCCUAUCACGUAGAUACAGAUAAAGGCUUCAACUACUCUGCAGCAGACGAGGCUUUUGUUUGCCAGAAGAAGAACCACUUCCAGGUCACAGUUCACAUUGGCGUGGCAGCAGAGCCACAAUACAUCAGAACUCCGAGUGGGCCACAGGAGGUCGACCACUUCCAGAUAAAAGUAUUUGGGGUCAAGCUGGAUGCUCCCACUAAUCAGGUCACCAUCGAGCAGUCUCAGCCCGAUCGCAGCAAGAAACCUUUCCACCCUGUCAGGGUCAGUCUGCCCAGCGGCAAAAUCACCAAGGUGACGCUUGGCCGCCUGCACUUCAGCGAAACGACGGCCAACAACAUGAGGAAGAAAGGCAAACCCAACCCUGACCAGAGAUAUUUUCAGAUGGUGGUCGGCCUGUACGCUGCGGUGAAAGAAGGAACUUUCCUUUUGACAGCUCUGGUGUCCGAGAGAAUCAUCGUCAGGGCCUCAAACCCUGGUCAGUUUGAGACAGACGGCGACGCCCUGUGGCAGCGUGGGGCGAUGCAGGAUGGAGUGGUCUGUCAGGGCCGUGUGGGCAUCAACACAGACUCUCCUGACGAGGCGCUGGUCGUCUGCGGCAACGCCAAGGUGAUGGGUACCAUCAUACAGCCGUCAGACCGCCGAGCCAAGCAAAACAUACAAGAGGUCGACUCUGAACAGCAGCUGAAACGAAUCACUCAGAUGAGAAUCGUUGAGUUCGACUAUAAACCAGAGUUUGCCUCCACCAUGGGAAUAGACUCUCCCCACCAGACAGGUAUAUUAGCCCAGGAGGUGAAGGAGCUGCUGCCGUCAGCGGUGAAAGUAGUCGGAGACGUCACCUGUUCAGACGGAGAGAAGAUUAAUAACUUCCUCAUGGUGGACAAGGAGCAGAUCUUCAUGGAGAACGUUGGGGCGGUGCAGCACCUGUCGAAGCUCACCGACAAUCUGGAAACCCGAAUCAAAGAGCUGGAGGUGUGGAACACCCGACUGGCCAAGCUGAAGAGUCUGACGGGCAGCAUGCGCUCCACAGGGAAAUUACCCAGGAAACCCAGCAGUGUGUCGACAACGCAGAGUCCUGACACGUGUAAGACUGGGAAAGUUCAGAAGGAAGGCUGGAGUCAGAAGUACAACCACUGUAUGCAGCACAAAGCCUUCCAGGCCAGCGUUUUCACCCUUCUGGCCACCAUGGCUUUCUGUGUCAUUACUAUCACCGCACUCUAUCUACUGACUUUGGAGGAGAACGACUUUGAAAUCACUACUGGCAACAGUAAUGACAGCGUGCUUCCUCUGCAAACUACAGCGUGGAGCAGCACAGUCCCAUCAACCAGCCCACCUGGCUCCUGGCCCCCAGAUGUGGACUUUUGUGACCUGUUGUACUGUAGUGAGGUGUACUGCUGCUCUCCACCAGCAGGGGGCAGCACCACUCCCAACCUCACCUCCACUGAAUCAGCAGGAGCAGAGGAGUCUGAUCUUAGAGAUAAAAGGAAAAAAAUACUUAAAAAGCCUAAAAGAACCACAGACUGGACAAACACCACCAUGAAUUCUUUUAUGAUCAAAGAAAGUCAACAGCUCAUUGACAGCAGAUACUGUCUAAGAGAUGAGUGCGGGCAAGGUAGAUACACCUACAGAGUUCCUGUCAGCCAGUUUGUUCCACUCAACAUGAGGGUCACGCUGCUCAUGAAUUCUUCAGAGCUGCUGGUGGUCCAUCUGUGUAGUUUUGAUGAGUCGGCAGCCUGCUCUGCUCUGCUGGAUAUAAACACUGUGGCGGGGAGCAGAUACAUGUCAAACACACAGGGAGAACAUGAAUGGCCUCUCCAUGUGGCUCAUCUUUAUCAGAGCUCGUAUCACUUUCGCUCCACAGUGGCUGGUCAAGCAGACUGCACUACCGACCAUCACUACGCGGGAGCGCUCUUCACCGACUACCACUUCCACUUCUACCGACGCUGCACAGAAUAAUAAACACACCUUUACAGACACA